AUCAGAGAGAGCAUGGAGGGAGAGAUCAAGAUUUUCUUUAUGGUGUGGUCUUCAAUACUCCUAUCAGUAUGCUAUUGUUAUGCCAUAGCUAAACAAACUGGUAAAGGUACAACAAGAUUAUGCAUGUUCAUGCCUGUAAUAUGUCUCUUUUUUGUUCUUCCUAUGAACUUAAACUCUGUCAAUUUAGGUUGUCUAACUGUAUUUUUUGUCACAUGGUUAACUUCUUCUAAAUUGCUACUCUUAGCAUUUGGAACUGGCCCUUUGUCCAAUCCAUCACUCCCCCUUUCUCAUUUUCUUGUCAUUUCUUGUUUUCCAAUUGUGAUGCAAUACCAACCCACAACUUUAAAAUCUCCUAUAAACGACGAAAAUUCAGAGAAGUCUCCUGUUAAUGGAGAACAUAUGAACCCUAAUAUGCAUAGGAAAAACAGUGUGAAAUCCCUUUUGCAUUAUGGAAAUCAGGGUUUGUUUUUGAUAUUUUUGCUGAUUUUGAAUCUUUAUAGACACAAAUUUCACCAAGAUUUUAUAGCAUUCAUCACGUGCUUGUUUAUCGUCGUUGGCUUGGAAGUGAUGCUAGGGGUGGUGGCCGUUAUUGGUCAAUUCUUGUUAAGAACGGAGGUCGAGUCACCAUUUAAUAACCCGUAUUUCGCGUCCUCGUUGAAAGACUUUUGGGGUCGAAGAUGGAAUUGUGUAACCUCGAACACUCUACGUUUGGUUGUAUACGGCCCAAUCCUCAAGAAUGUGUCGAGGAUCGUUGGUCCAAAUUUGGCUGUAACAUCGGCCUUACUAGGUACAUUCCUCGUGUCUGCAUUCAUGCACGAGAUCAUUGUUUACUAUUUAUGCCGCGUUAUGCCUAGAUGGGGUACAACAACGUUCUUCCUUGUUCAAGGGCUAUGCAUCAUAGCCGAGAACAAAUUGAUUGGGAAAAUUAACGUUAAAUGGCGCGUGCCACAACUAAUCACAGGGCCAUUGGUGUUUGGUUUUGUUGUAUACACAUUCAUGAGGCUAGUCUUGCCAGAACUGCUUGAAUACAAAGUGGAUGAAAGAGCAAUUGCAGAGUAUGCAGCUGUGUUUGAUUUUGUGAAGGAUGCAAGCUUGAAUUGGGUGAAGUUUGGUACAAAUUUCUGGUACAAAACUUGGAAGGAAACAGCAUACGUUUGUCAACACAUUCAAUGAAGGUUAUUAGCAAAGAAAAAUUGUUGGAGUAAUACAACAUAAUGAUUGGUAAUGAGACUUAGUGGUCUUUGUUUGCCCUGCAAUGUUUUGCACUAGAAGUGUCGCAUUCUAAAAUGGCCCGACCCGUCGCUAUAGUUAAGUUUAAAUAACAAAAUAUGUUAUCGUAAAUCAAUUUUCAUUUAGU